UAGAUAGAUAGAUAGACAGAUAGAGAUACAUCGAACAAUGAAUAAGGAGGAACAUCAGACAGAAAUCAUGGGUGCUUUCCUCCCUUGGAACACCUUUGCUGCUGUUAUUCUCCUGGUAAUUCAUGGAGGUUUGUGUGCAGAUAUCAUUGGAGGAAGUGAAGUAGUACCACACUCAAGACCAUUUAUGGCCCAAAUCAAGGGACCAAGAGGAGAUAUUAUUUGUGGAGGAGCUUUAAUCAAGGAAAAUUGGGUGUUAACAGCUGCCCAUUGUAAUGUGGAAAAAAGCAAAGUUAUUCUUGGAGCUCAUUCGUUGAAAAAAAGGGAAAAAGAACAGCAGACUUUUCAGAUUGCAAAAUACUUUCGUUAUCAGUGCUACGACCCCACUACCAAGGAAAAUGACAUCAUGCUGCUGCAGCUUCGGGGAAGAGCAAAACUUAAUAAAGCUGUAAAACUGAUCCCCCUGCCUACCUCAGAUGAUGAUCCCAAGCCAGGAACAAUUUGCACAGUAGCAGGAUGGGGGACAACUACUAAUUCUCCACACAAGUUGCCUACUGCCCUGAUGGAAGUCAAUAUCACUGUCAUCAGCAGGCAAAUCUGCAAUGAUAAAAAUCAUUAUAAUGGAAAACCUGUCAUAACAGAGAACAUGAUUUGUGCAGGGGCUAAGAACGGAAAGAAGGACUCAUGUAAUGGGGAUUCUGGUGGUCCUUUAAGAUGUAAUAAUGUGAUGAGAGGCAUCACUUCAUUUGGGAAGCUGAAGAAGUGUGGCAAGCCUGAUGGCCCUGGUGUCUACACUCGACUCACAAAGCGAUACCUUGAGUGGAUAAGGAAAACCAUAGGGGGGGCCUAACAGGUUGAGUUUGGGCCAAGUGAUUUGUGUAAAUGAAAUAGGCUUAAAAAAACACCCUCAUUAGUCUGGUAAAAGAGGUAUUCUUACACUGAAUUUUGGCAGCUUGAUGUAGUUCUGCUACCACAGCAUUUAUAGCUUAUACGGUCAGCCAUGGAGUCAUUGAGGGUAUUUGGGACUGGGGAUUUCAACAUCCCCCUAGUGCAUGUUCACACUGAGCUCUACAUGGAUUAGCAUUUCAGAUCAAGAAUCUCAUCCUUGUUUGUGUAUACUGCAUGCUGAUUAUAUACUGCACUCUUCUGUACCUGGACUUCUGCAAAAACCCUGAACGUUAGUGAUGUGCGAGGUACAAGUCCAGACACCUGAAAAACUUCAUUCCUCUGCAGGAAAAACUGGUGGUGUUACAGGUGUAAUGGACUGCUAAGCUUCACAAAAUUAAGUUGUAGCAACUGCAUUUGACUAUGGGACAUAAGUAUUAAUUUUCUAACUGUCUUCUAUUUGAAACCUCUAGAUUUUAUCCCUUUAUGUACUUUGCAUUUAAUAAAGAAAUGGCAAUAAAAAUCUACAGCUUUCAGCUUUCAA